CAGUGGUGUAUCGCUUUUCGGAUUCGAAAGAAGUACGUAGCAGGGAGCUCAAGUUCUAGUUUUCCGUUGUCUGCUAAUACCUCUCUCGAGUGUACCAUUGGAGGCCUGGCCAGCUUUCUUCGCUCCUCCAUCCAAGAUUGCAUGACAAUCGUGUUAUACUCGCGUCUCCAUGACGACCGCUUUCUCUCAUUGGGUGGUGUUGUUAAAAGGGGCCCCGAAUGUCCCCAAGACAACUUCAACGAGCCCUCUGCGUCGGACAAGUCGGGUUUCAGUUAAUCCGAAGCCGUUUCACCGUCGACACGGACAAACACGGACUAUAGAGAGACCAAGACACCGUACAUAAUGGGUCAAGACGGGGAUGGCGAUAUCGAGAAUGUCAAGGUGGCCGUGCGGGUCAGACCGUUCAAUAAACGGGAGAAAGAUCGGAGAGCCAAGUUGAUCAUUGGCAUGAAUGGAAACACCACGGUGAUUACCAAUCCCGAGACCAAGGAGGACAAGAAAUUCGCUUUCGACUACUCGUAUUGGUCGUUUGAUGGGUGCAAGGACAGGAAAGACGGCUACACCGAAUCCGAUAAGAAGAGCAAAAAUGGCGACAAGUUUUGCGAUCAGAACAAAGUGUUCAAUGAGAUCGGCCGUGGCAUCCUGGAGAAUGCGUGGAAAGGUUUAAACUCGUCACUCUUUGCCUACGGUCAAACGGGGUCGGGCAAAUCGUGGUCAGUUAUCGGCUACGGCGCCAAUAAAGGCAUUGUUCCGUUGCUUUGCGAGGAGCUCUUCAAGGAAAUCAAAUCUCGAGAUGGUUCCAAUUGCGUGUUUGAGGUGAAAUUCUCAAUGCUGGAAAUCUACAACGAGGUGGUGCACGACCUCCUUGAUCCAAAGGCCGGGAAAAAGAAGGGCGGGCUCAAGGUCCGCCAGCAUCCCAAGAAAGGAUUUUACGCUGAUGGACUCAAAGAGGUGGUUGUGGGGAGUUAUGAGGAGAUUGUGGAGAAAAUGGACGAGGGUACCGUGAACCGGACGGUGGCCAGCACCAACAUGAAUGCCACGUCCUCCCGCGCACACACCAUCGUAGGCAUCAACUUUGUGCAGAUCAGCAAGAAUGCCGCGGGCAAGGAAAUGUCCAAAGGGGCCGUCAUUAAUUUGGUCGAUCUGGCCGGCAGUGAGCGGGUGGACUCGACUGGAGCCACGGGCGAUCGACUCAAAGAAGGAGCGGGUAUCAACAAGUCCUUGUCGUGUUUGGGCAACGUGAUCCAUGCCUUGGCCGACGAAGAGACCGGUAAGAAGUCUCGUGUUCCGUAUCGAGACUCGGUUCUGACCAAACUACUGCAAAAUGCCUUGGGAGGAAAUAGCAAGACGGUCAUGAUUGCCGCCAUCAGCCCUGCCGAUAUCAACUACGAUGAGAGUUUAUCCACACUCAGAUUUGCUGAUCGUGCUAAACAAAUCAAAACCAAGGCCACCGUCAACGAAGAUCAGACCGAGAAAAUGUUACGCGAGCUGAAGGCCGAGAAUGAAAGGCUCUUGCUGCUUUUGAACGGCGGUAAAAUGAACACUCAAGAUGUGAAGGACUUCACCGGGAAAGACGUGGUCAGCAAAGGAGAUAUGGAAUCUGUCAAAAGCCAAUGGGAAGAGGAGCUAAAGGCCAGUUUGGCGGAAAAUGCCAAGAACAUGGAGGAUAUGAAGCGAAGCUACGAGGAGAAGCUGAAAGCCUACACAGAACAUAAAACGCUCCACGUGGAUCAUGCCCGAACCAAGAUUGACGAGAAAAAGAAGACGGUCCCACAUCUGUACAAUUUAAAUGUGGAUCCCCAACUGAGUGGUCGCAUCGUUCACUUUGUCGAGAAGGACAGCACCGAAAUUGGCAACCAGAAAGGUCAAACCUCGGACAUUUGCAUGGUUGGCGCCGGUAUUCACCAAGAACACGCCAUCAUCCGGAACAACAAGGACAAAUUCACCAUCAAGCCCAAGGAGAAGGAUUGCCGAAUUUUGGUCAAUGGAACGGCCAUUGCUGGAGAGACCGAUCUAGAUCACAAUGACCGACUUGUGUUUGGAUCCACGCAGACUUGGUUGUUCCAAAAUCCGAACGAGCCGGGUAUUGACAAGAAAAAGUACCCACCCAUCAAUUUCGAGUUUGCGCAGGAGGAAAUCGCCGCCAAAGCCGGCAUCAACAUCAACCAGCCAGGCAUGGGUGACGGGGUCCUCCCCGAACAACUCAUCGAGUGCAUGCCCGCAGUGGAGGAAGCCAAUUCCAUCUCGGAAGAGCUGGAUAAACGGGUCAAGUUCGAGAUCAUGCUCAUCUCGCCAGAGAUGUUGAGCAAACUCAAGGGUAAGCACGAAGGCUUUGAGAACCACAACAUGAAGAGCACCACCCCCGAAGUGUGCGUCAAGAUGAAGAACUUGGAGAAUGGCACUGAAUUCAUUUGGCCUAAAGAGAAGUUCCUGAAUCGCUUGUACCUGAUGAAGGAGAUGUACAGUAACUACGAGGAGGAAGAGGAUGAAUGGGAUCUGCCCGAGGAGAACGACCCGUUCCAGGUCGAUGUUAAUGAGGAAGUUCUCAUUGGCGCGGUACCCGUGUUCCUUCAAACUGUGGCUUACAUGGUAAGCGCGCGCAAUACAACGCAAAAACUUCUUCCAGUCCAAGGCGGGGAGAACGGCGACGAGUACAAGGCCACUGAUGACAUCUACAAUGAGAAUCCUAGUGAUCUCGUAGGCAAGCAUGUGAACUUCAAUUUCAAGAUUGUCAAUUGCAAUGGCCUCCCUAACAAAUACAAAGAUGUGUAUUGCAAGUACACCAUGUACUUGGAUGACGAGAAGACGGAAACUGAAAAGAUCUCGUUCACCCCGAAUCCCGAGUUCAACCACAAGAAGAAGUUCUCCUUCUACCCCGCCACUCAGCAACUCAUUGACUACUUGUACAACGGAUGCGUCAACGUUGAAUUGUGGGGUCGUCAAAACGUUCGGAAAUCCGCUGUGGCCCAACGCAAAGGCCUCUCCACCAAAGACAUGCUGAAGCAAGACCGAGGGGUAUUCUCAAAGACAGCCAACCUGAUGAAUGGAUUUCAAAUGAACGGUAGAGUUGUGGAUCCUCAGAAGCAAUCCGUUAUUGUGGAACUCCUGCUUCUCAAGAAAACUGCGGCCAGGCUGCAACAGAAAUGCGACCACGUGAAGACCAUGUUGGAACAUGCCGAGUCCAUGAACCGAUCUCGAAUUUCCACCCACGUGGUCAAGGCCGUCUAUAGUGCCAAUACGGAUGAUCAAUAUCGACAAGCAAUCAAGGCUCUCGAAGCUGAUGUGGACGGAGAUGACGACAGUGGACACCAUUCGAGACCUGGAAGCGCUCAGAACAGUAGCGUUUGUGUGAUACUCUAAUAAUCAAGACUAACCUCGACAUCCCUACAUGAGCAUAUGAACAUGAUUUAUCCACAAUAUACAGUAUUAUAUACAGAGAAAUAUAUUCAGACAAUAGUCAUCGACUAUA